AUUAAUUUUAUGAUUCCUUACAUUAAAUUUGUUAAUUAUCCAAAAGAUUAUAAUUGGUGGGAAUUAAUUAAACCUCAACCAAGUCCUUUUGUUAAAACAGUAAAUGAAAAUAUUUAUAAAACAUGGAAUGGAGAGGCAUUAAUUAAUUUUAAAUGGAAUACCUAUGGAAAAUAUUACUAUGCAGUAAUUUGGAUUUCAUUUAUGGUUUUACUUAGUUGUUUUACUAUUGCGGCAACAGUUCCUCAACAAUAUAUUGACAAAAAUAUUCAAAAUCAACUUUUUAUUGUUUCAAUAAUAUUUGGAUUUAUUCAUUUGAGUUUUGAAAUUCGUCAAUUUAUUUAUUCACCUAAAAAAUGGAUUCGUGAUUUUUGGAAUAUAUUUGAUUUAAUUUCAUACUUACUUCCAAUAAUCACUUCUUUUAAAUGGCUUCAAACAAAUGAUAUGAACGAUCAUCAUAUAAUUCAAUUACUUUCUUUUUCAUGUCUAUUUUUAGAUAUAAAAUUUUUGUUAUUUUUUAGAGCAUUUGAAUCUUUUGGUAUAUAUUUUGAAAUAAUUAUUAAUGUUGCAAAACAGAUCAUUUAUUUUUUAGUACUCUUAUUUAUUAUUAUAAUAAGUUUUGCACACGCAUUUUAUAUUUUAUUAUUACCAAGAUCUGAUUAUUCAUUUGAUCAAUAUACAAGCAAUAAUGAUCCUAAUAAUCCUUGGAAUAUAGCUCUCACUUUUAAUCAAGUAUUUAAUGAUGGGACUAUGAAUUCAUUUUUUAUUCAAAAACCGGAUGAAAAUACAAAUAUGUUUAUAGAUUUUAGAACUUCACUUUUAGCAAUGUAUAAUUUCCUAACAGGUGAUUCAAGUGCAUUAUCAAAUAAUCAAUCACUUUUGUUGUAUAUCUUAUGAAUUUGUUUAUCGGAUUACUCAAUAUGGCAAUUAAUAAAGAUGAUGAUAGGGUCUCAUAUUUAAAGCAGAAGGCUGAGGUAUUUAUUAAUCUAAUAUAACUAUCAUUCCAUUUUUUAUAAAAGUGUUUUAAAUUUCU